UUGCGGAUAGCGAGAGUUUGGAUAACUUCGUAUUACAAAAUGCAUUUCUUUGAUUAAUUACAGUGUUGAUUUAACUUCACAAUGCAUCCAUUUGAAGAUACAGGAGUACAUUUAAGUGUGUUUUAAUAAUAAAUUUCCAAACACAGUGUGACAAUGUGAUGCAGAGCAGGAAGUAAAUUAAAUUAUUGUACAGCAUGGCAGACGCAAGAAGUUCGUUGAAUGAAAAAGAAUAUUUUACCAGAGUAUUUUUUGCACUGACCGACUGUGGUAGAAGAGUGUUAUUGCAUCUUUUACAAAGAAGAGCCGGGGAACUCACACCAAAAGACCAUAAGUCUCAACCAUGGUCACUAGAUGAGUUUUUGAUUCAUAACAAGGCUGCUAUCUUGUUACCUACUGGUAGAGAGAGAAGACAUAAAGAUAUCCUGUAUCCAUUCAAGCAAGACACAGAUUUGACGAAGUGGGAUAUUCCCGUUUUUGUUUUUGUGCUACUAAAAGCAUGCGAACUAAACGACAAUGGCGAUUUACACAGACAGCUCAGAGAUGACAUCGAUAAUCUUAAGAGCUUGAGGAAUGUAAUGGUAAAUUCGGCAACUCCAACAUUGAAGAAGGAGUUUUACCACAUGUAUUUUUGGCGCAUUGUCGGUGCUGUUCAACGAAUAUGUGACUACAUGCAAGAGCCAGGAUUGAAAGAAUCUCUUCUUAAAGAACUUGAUAAGUACGAACGCCUAACGCAUAUUGACUAUGAGGACCAAAUGAAUGUGUAUGACGUUGAUAUAUGUCUACGAGGCUACCAGCAAGAGUUAGCAAAAGAGGGCUGUGAGGGGGAAAACGUUAUAGUGAUAGCUCCACCAAACUCGGGAAAAACCAGAGUAGCAUGCAGAAUUAUGCAGGACAAAGGUGUUCAGCGGAACCGUCCACAGGUUGAAAAAGCAAAUGCUCUGGGAUUUCCUUGA